AUGAGCUCUUUCGUUGAUAAAUACCCAGUCAUUCGACUCUUGUUACAGAGGCAUCGACAACAUGAUAUUGAAUACACUGCCGCGGCGGCGUUUCAAUCAACUUUCCACGCCCUGUUCCCCGUGAUUGAUGGGUACGCUGUCAAUUGCGAGCAGUCCGUGGACCAAGGGCGAUACAGAGUUGAUCUAUUUGUUCAAGGGACUGACCCCACGCAUCAUGCUCUUUACCCGAUCAUGGUGGGUGAAGGGAAAGGUGGAGGUGCGAGUGCUAAGGAAGUUGAAGAUCAGGUAUUGAAGAGAUCCAAAGAAGCCAUUGAGUUCUAUGAAGUGGACGGAAUCUACGCAUUCACCUUCCUGAAAGAGUCUUUCCGAGUCUGGCGGGUUGACAAGCCGGACUUGGUCCUCAAUCCUUUGGACGAUAUGGGAGCGAGGAACGACCGCAAGCACUACAUCUAUCUUGACUCGAAGCAGGGAGAAUGCAUUGUGCAUCUCACAGAUGUCAUGAAGUAUGAAGAGGUGACCGAAGACGACUAUUUGCCCGACUAUCUGCCUGCCGGGAGCACUGCUAAGCCUGUGAUGCAGGCCGGCAAUGCGACUGGAUAUCAGAUACCAGCAAUACCUGGUCCAUCCACCCAGUCAACAUCUAUGGGGGAUGAUGAUCGACCGAGGCCCCAUGACCCAAAAGGCAAAGGAAGGGAGGCAUCCAAAUGGUACGAAGUGAGAGUUGUGAAAGAGCAGCAUCUCACAAGGCCCAAUGAAUAUAUUUUUCAGGAUUCCAAGAAGCAGAGGAGAAGCACGACCAAGAAAGAUUGGGCGUUGGACGCAACUGGGCCGAGUCCGAUUUGGGUAUACCAAGGCGGUAGAAUGAACUAUUUCACCCAUCAAGAUGUCAGCAACCUUUGA